AUGUCCAAGAACGCGCUGAAGAACAAUGGCUGUGCCUGCUGGGAUGGCACCGUCACCUAUGUUUCAGCGUGCUGGCCCUUCGCAUGGCGACCAAGCUGGUUGCAGCCGCGAAAGGACAUCGGCAACGUGGUGCGGGAGAGACUAGUAACGGGCCAUGCUUUGUAUGAUCGCAAGCGUGGCAGCAACGUGGACAUAAAGUCCUUAUUCUUUGCCCCAGAUCCGAACCGUUGCAUGAUGAAGUCGUACACGAACCUGAAGAAAUUGGGCAGCGGUGCCUUUGGUUCUGUCUACAAAGCCCAAUGCCGCCUGACUGCAGAGUGGCGCGCCAUCAAGAAACUCCCGCUGUCGGACGUUGAGGACGACAUGGCUUUCGUCUAUGCGGAGCUUGAGGCCAUGAUUCACCUGCACCACCCCAACGUGGUCAAAUUCUACGAGCACUUCGAAGAGGAGAGCGCUAUUUUCCUUGUCACUGAGCUUUGUGAUGGUGGCGACUUCUCGGAGUUAAACCGCGGGAUUGACGAUCCUCAGGAAGUGAAGCUGUUGAUCCGGGACGUGGUAAAGGCGCUAGCAUAUUGCCACGACCACGGGGUUGCGCACCGAGACUUGAAGUUUGAGAACUGCCUCAUAAAGGAGAGCAUUCGUGACUACAGGGUGGGAAAGGUCAUCGACUUCGGUCUCUCAGCGAUCCGGGCUAGAGGAGAAGAGGAGCACACCUGGCUAAACGACCAGUUGGGCACUCGUUUCUUCGUUGCACCCGAAGUGAUCGACAAAAGCAUCCCUUAUGGCUGCAAGUGUGACUGCUGGUCCUUGGGUGUGAUGUUGUAUAUCAUUCUUACGGACGAACACCCAUGCUCUCCUGAUGCCCACAAGUUGGACACAGCAGGGCUCUUUGGGAAGAUUCUAACCGGAAGAAUUCGCUCCAGGCCGCUGCAGGAGGCGGAUGUGGACGAUGACGCAGCAGAGCUCCUCUUUGGUCUUCUGGAGAAGAACCCGGAUGCUCGUCUGGAUGCGCAAGCUGCCUUGAGAAGUCCCUGGCUGUCUAGGGUGCAGGACUCGCGACCCAAGCUGCUGCAUAGUCCAUCGUCAUCCGAUCCAGACAUCAAGAGCUCUCAUCAUCUGUCUCCCAUAUCGCACGGACUGAUUCGAAGGUUGGCAACCUUCCGGCACUACUCCAAGUUCGAGCGGGCGGUGCUGACGCUAGUGGCUCACCGGUCCGAGGACACAACUGUAGCCGAGCUUCGGGAUGCUUUCCACACGUUGGACGCGUCACAGUCAGGCUCGUUGAGCAAGAACGAGAUCAAGGAAGGCAUUUUCCGAUGUGGUCAUGUCGUGGAGGAUGCGGAAUUGACUGAAAUUUUCUCGGCCUUGGAUGCCGACGGCACAGGAAAAGUUCACUACACGGAGUGGCUAGCAGCAACAAUGCAGCCUUCUGCCUUGGCAACCGACAAGGCCAUCAAGCAGGUGUACCACUACCUGGACAUUGAUCAGACUGGUCAUAUAGCUCCCCAUGAGCUUCAGAGGGUGCUGGGUUGCAGUGACUCGGUGCAGAGUGUUCUGAAGCUUGGUGAUACGGAUGGUGACAGCCUGAUUAAUGAAUCUGAGUUCCGUGUGCUCAUGCGCAACUUGGCGAAAAGGCUCGACCAAAUGGACCUUCAUCCCAAAAGGCUUGGUUUUCAUUUGCCUGAGGCAAACAGCUUGAAUAGCAUGCAUCAACUUUAA